CCGUGUUCGCUCCGAGCGGCGGCGCAGCGAUCCUUCAAACACGCGAGGAAUCGGCGAGGACAAGUCUUACGAGGAGGACGAACGUUCGAGAUCUGAGGCGUUUUCUGCUUAUUUAUUCAACAUGUCGAACAAGUUUGAGGAAGUCACCAAGGAUGUUGCUGAACUGCGCACACUUCUUGCUUCAGCUACAAGGAAGCGCAUUCAAGACAUCCUUUCAUUAGAAUUGAAAAGAAUGGAAACUGAGUUGAAGAAUCUCGAGGAUUCCGGAGAUAACAAAUCAGAGACCCCAAAAGCCAAGACAAAUUUCACGCCAAAGAUCUACACUGUCAACAUCAGGAAUUAUUCAUGGGAUCAGUCGGAUAAGUUUAUGAAGUUAUAUAUAACUCUGAAAAAUGUCCAGACAUUGGAAAAGGACAAAAUAUCUGUCAAAUUUGAUGAGAGGAGCGUUAUCUUACAUGUCAGUGAACUAGACAGCAAGAAUCACCAGCUCAGUAUUCUAAAAUUGGCGGAGAACAUUAAUCCAGAUGCCAGCUACCACAAAGUCAAAACAGAUAUGGUGGUCCUUUUCCUGGCUAAGCAGAAGCAAAUAAAGUGGGAAGGAGUAACAGAAGUGGAGGCUCGUUCUGCCGAGGCACGUAAGCCCAAGCUUGAUAGUAAUGACCCCAAUGCUGGAAUCAUGGACCUCAUGAAGCAGAUGUAUGUGGAUGGCGAUGACAAAAUGAAGCAGAUGUUGAACAAGACUUGGUAUGAGAGCCAGCAGAAGAGGAUGAGUGGGGAAGAUGCGGCGAUGCCAGACCUUAACCUCUAAAAAAAGACCGACACCAGCCUUCCUUGAAGGAAUAGCAGCAAGGCAUUCCACCUAGUAGAGUGAGAAAGCCAACUGGUUGACAUGGUUUUGUGGUUUGUUUAGCGUCACCAUGACUUUCACUCAGAUGUUUUGUUCGUUGCUUGGUUUGUCUGCCUCAUGAAGUUGGGGCAAAGAGAUUUGUGCUGUGUGAAAGAAUUGGGUUCCCCCUCCCCCCUUUUUUUAAUGAUUGAUUAUUUUUCUAUUACAGUUGUUAUUGUUAUGGAGAGGGAUUUAGAGGAAAUUGCUGUCUUUUAUCAACUUAUUUUUAUUGAAAAUGCUUUGUAGAUCAGUGAUUAGCAUUCAGUAGCAUUUGCUUUUAGAUUUUAUUAUUGUUAAUAUGAUAAAGGUUUUGUUUUCCUGUUUAAAAUUUUAUCUUCGUUGUUUUUCUCUCUCCAUUGAUAAAAUUAAAUUACAUACAAAUUAUUCAGGGACCUGUGAAUGAAUAGAAAAUGUCUGUAAACUGUAUGAAAUACAAUGUACUGUAAUAAUCCACAUGUUUCAUUAGUUUCUUACUGAGGAUGUGUCACAAAAAUAUAUUAAAGUUAUCAGCAUUAGAUGUUUUCACUUUGCAGGGAGCAGAAAAUAUGAAUACUGGCCUGAUGUCAGAUUUUAGUUUUUGAAGGUAUCCAUAACCAUAUGAUAUAUGUGUAUAUAUUGCUAUGACUGGAACUCCUUUUGCAUCAUUCAAUUUUCUUUAUAUAUUUUUUCCAUACACUGUUUAAUGAAGUACAAGGAUUA